ACAUUGGUUCAAGAGUGGCCGAAAUUCAUUUUUUUCAUGUUCGCCGAUUUGGAUAAUUUUUUGGUAUUUUGUUGUCAGAUAGUUGAAUAUUAUGAUUCCGUAAUAUUAGGCUGAUAUAUUUAGUAUUUCUUUGGACAGACACGCUCCAAGUUCAUAUAUGUUCGCUUGUUUAAAAUGGCAUGCAAAUUUACUGUAUAUUCAAUCUUUUGGUACAAUCACAGUAAACUUAUCAUUUGACUUUGUUGUAUAUUUUCGUAAAUGGCAAUUGUCAUAGAUGAGAUUUGCAUUAAAAAAAGUUGGAAAAAGUGCCACAUAAAAAAUUUCGUAGAACAAAAUAUAAACAACAUCAAAAUUUCAAUGUUCAUCAACUUCAGUGGACUGCAUGUUUUUAGCGCUGUGGAGCGCUGUUUAACGAAAGACGUCAAAUUACAGCUUGAAGUCUCAGCUAAAAGCUAAAAAAAAAUUCAGCUGCUCAUACCUGCUCCUUUCCAAAAGAAACAGUAAAAACUAUAAAGUGAUAAAGUAAGAAAACGUGAAUUUUCGUUCAUGCUUGUUGUUGUUGUUGCCAUAAUUCUUUACUGUUAACAACAAUAGAAGAUCAAGCGAUAGACUAUUAGGUGCUGUGUUAUCAUUCAUUUAUUAUGUUGUUGCAUGCAAUAACAACUACACAUUAUGUCUUGCUCUCUUUAUUGCACAAAAUCUUUUCCGUUAGAGCUUAAUAAGUAAUACAUUAAGUACCAACAACAAUAUACAGUUUCUGAUUUAAAUUUCUGCUUUUGGGUAUACAUUUCUAAUAUUAUUGAUAUGCUAAUUGACAUUACAUUGGCAAGUGCAGUGAUAAGAGUGAUAUUGAUGUUACUGUCGAAGUCAUUGCAAAUAGCAAUGAAGGAAUGACUGCUGAGGAUGUUGAAGUCUUUACUGGAUUUUUGAAAAAAAACUUUUUUACAAAGUUCAAAGAUAGAUGGCAAAAAGCAAGACGCAUAAAAACCAGAUUUCUUGAUCUUAAUGAAAAUUGGCUGAAAAAUGUCUACAAAGUGUGCAAAUAUACCGCAAACAAUGAAGCACCAAGCUGUUCAAAUAUGGUUAAACGUGGACGUCCAGCAAAAGCCUUCGAGGAUUGCCAACCGCGAACAAAGAGGACAAAGGUACAAGAUUUUUGUGAAAACACCUCAAUGGUGUUGAUAUCGUCUGCCGCAAAAAAAAGUGAGUGUUUAGACAAAUCCAUUAAGGCGUUCACCCCGGAGAAGGCACUUGGGCUGAUACUUGAUGCUUCGUUGUCAAAGCAUCAAUAUGAGGUUUUGCGCAGUUCAGCUAGAGAAAUUGGAUUCGACAUUUACCCAUCCUACCAUCAGGUACUGGAAGCAAAAAAAAAAUGCUAUCCUGCAAAUGUUCAGGUGCAAGAAAGUUGUAGCAAAGUUUCUCUACAACAGUUAUUAGAUCAUACAGUAACCAGGAUUUUGAUGACAAAACCGAGAAUGAGGUGACAGAACUCCCCAACGAACUGCAAAUGUUCUCAAAAUGGGGCUGUGACGGAAGUUCGGGACACAGUGAAUACCAUCAAAAAUUCACAGAUCCAAAUGACUCCGAUAAAUAUAUGUUCUUAACGUCACUUGUUCCAUUGACCCUCACAGAGCGUAAUAAUAUGUCAACAAUGUGCUGGAGAAAUACAGAGCCAUCAUCAACUAGAUUUUGCCGACCGUUAAAAUUUGAAUUUAUACAAGAAACAGCUGAAGUUAUAAAUUCAGAGGUCAGUCGUGUUAAUGACGAAAUAAAAAAUUUAAGAAAUACUGUCGUUGAAUUGCAUAGCAGAAACUUCAAUAUUUCUCACACACUGAAAUUAACAAUGAUUGAUGGGAAAGUAGCUACUACGAUUUCUGGAAGUUCAUCUAUGGCGGUUUGCUUCAUAUGUGGAGCAAAGCCCACAGAAAUGAAUAAUUUAGAUGCGGUGAUUUUGAGGAAAUGUUCGGAAGAAGCAGUUGCGUUUGGUAUUUCUCCCUUGCAUGCGAGAAUCAAAUUUAUGGAGUGCAUUCUGCACAUUUCUUACCGUCUAAGUUUCAAAAAAUGGAGAACAGAUAGUUACACAAAAAUUGAAAUGGCGGCAAAUAAAGCUGAAAUUGGGAAGAGAUUAAAGUUGACACUGGGCAUAAAUGUGGACGCGGUGAAGCAAGGUAUGGGCACAACAAACGAUGGCAAUACGGCAAGAAGGUUUUUCGAAAAUCCAGCCAAAACUGCAGACGUAAUUGGAAUAAAAGAAGAGUUAAUACAUAGAUUUAAAAUUAUUUUGGCCGCAAUAAAUUGUAAUGCAGCAGUCGACACUAGCAAAUUUCAUAUAUAUUGCAUGGAUACUGCCAAGUUGUUUGUUGAUCUCUAUGGCUGGUACUACAUGCCUGUAACUGUGCAUAAGAUUCUGGUGCAUGGUAGCAAAAUUAUAGCAGAAGCUAUUCUGCCAAUAGGUAUGCUGUCCGAAGAAGCUCAGGAAGCGAGGAAUAAAGAUUAUAGAGCCUAUAGAUUACAUCAUUCGCGAAGAAUUGGACGUGUAGCCACUAAUGAAGAUGUAAUGCAUAACCUUUUAUUGUCUUCAGACCCAUUUAUAAAUAGAUUUCGCUCAAAGCUGCAAAUCAAAAAAUUGGAGUACGAUAAUGAUGUUAAAAAAUUAUUAAAAGACUAUGCUUAAUUUA